AUGUCCUUAACAGGACUUCAUUUUGUUUAUUGUAAGCUGUUUCUGCAUGCUGAAGAUUCUGUUCGGGAAGCCGGCAAUUGCCCUGAUUAUCAUUGCCUCUUUUGCGACUUGGGACUAUCAUUCAUCACAACAGUAUUACAGAAUUCUAGUCGCAAAAUUAUUACAAUGGAUGGCAACUUCCAAUUGGAAAGGAGGAACGUUGAUAAUGGGAUUCCCGCAGCACAAGCUGUAGGGAUUCUCGGUAAGUCGGCUUCUGAAGCCGAAGCCUGGGGCAGUAAAGAAGAGGUCGAGCAGUUUGAGGUGGCCAAUAGACAUACCAAGAAUGAAGUGACGUGUGUUGCUGUAGAGGUGAGUAAUCAAAGGUUCAAAGCCGCAAGCAGUAGCACACGUAAGCUCGAUAAUCGUUACGAUGAAAAUGGAGUUUUCUCUCUUAGUUGCGCCAGAUGUUAUGACGCCUCAUAA